AUGGUGGCCCCUACGGAUCCCCAGUCCACGAGGUGUCCAGAACCGAUGACAGCGUUAGCUGCUGGUGCCGCAGGCGGGCCUCGGCCGGCAGCCUUGGCCCUGCGGGUGGUGGCCGAGUGCGGCCGCAGCAAGGCGCGGGCGUGCGAGCUGCGCCUGCCGCACAGCACCGUGGCCACGCCGGUAUUCAUGCCCGUGGGGACUCAGGGAACCAUGAAGGGAGUCACGGCCGUGCAGCUGGACGGCCUGGGGUGCCGCAUCUGUCUGGGCAACACCUACCACCUGGGCAUGAGGCCGGGUCCUGAGCUCAUACAGAAGGCAGGGGGGCUGCAUGGCUUUAUGAACUGGAACCGAAACCUCCUCACGGACAGUGGUGGCUUCCAAAUGGUGUCUCUGCUGGCUCUGUCCGAAGUGACAGAGGAAGGAGUGCGAUUCCAUUCCCCAUAUGAUGGUGCCGAGAUCCUGCUGAGCCCAGAGAAGUCUGUGGAGAUUCAGAAUGCUCUGGGUUCAGACAUCAUGAUGCAGCUGGAUGAUGUGGUCAGCAGUACUCUGACCUGCUCUCGGGUGGAGGAAGCCAUGCACAGGUCCAUCCGCUGGCUAGACCGGUGUAUCUCAGCCAACCAACGGCCUGACCAACAAAACCUAUUUGCCAUCAUUCAGGGUGGGCUGGAUCCUGUUUUACGGAGCAAAUGCCUUGAAGAGAUGACCAAGAGGGACGUUCCAGGCUUUGCCAUUGGGGGAUUGAGUGGGGGCAAGAGUAAGGAGUAGUUCUGGAAGAUGGUGACCCUGAGCACAGACCACCUGCCUCGGGAGAAGCCGCGCUACCUUAUGGGUGUUGGCUACGCUACCGACUUAGUGGUCUGCGUUGCCCUGGGCUGUGACAUGUUUGACUGUGUCUUCCCCACACGCACAGUGCGCUUUGGGUCCGCCCUUGUCCCCACGGGAAACCUCCAGCUGAAGAAAAAGCAAUUUGCAAAGGAUUUCCGACCCAUUGAUGAGGCGUGUAUGUGCCCCACCUGUCAGAGGCACACAAGGGCCUUCCUCCAUGUUUUACUGCAUAGCAACAACACAGCUGCCUUGCAUCAUGUCACUGUGCACAACAUCGCCUACCAGCUGCGGCUGAUGGAUGCUAUCUGGACCAGCAUUGUGGAACACCGCUUCCCAGACUUUGUUAGGGACUUCAUGAAGACCAUGUAUGGAGAUGUGGGGCGCUGCCCAGGCUGGGCCGUGGAGGCCCUGCAGUCAGUGGGCAUCCCUUUAAGCUGACUUGUCUAUCCCAGUCCCCAAGCAGGGCUGUGCUCCUGAUCUGGACCUGGGGUUGGGAACCUCU